AAUCUUAAUCUUAUCUUAUCUUAUACCGACUCGAUGUGAGAAAAAAGAAAUUCUUAUUUACCGCUAAUGAAAAGCCACAAGUAGAAGGCAUAUUCCCACUACUCAAAAGCUGAAACCACAACUCCGUCACAACAUCUGUCUUCCUCUUCCUCUCUUCCUUCAACUUCAGUUUACGUAUAUAAGGCUUCCAACCAUAUCCUAAAGAAACUUGAGUACUGGUCUCUGCCAAUAUGCAAAGCACAUCGCGUACUCUUGAAAUCACCAUCUUUUCAUGUGAAGAUUUACGUAUUGAUAGAAGAUCUGUCAAGAAGAACACAUACGUCGUCGUUCGAACCGAUCAUCUAAAUUCGACUGCUACAAAGAUAGAUACACAAGGAGGAAGCUACCCUUCUUGGAACGAAAAACUCAUAGUCGACAUGCCUUUGCAUGAAAGAUUUAUAACGCUAGAAGCUCGCUGCAAAACGGCGUCGGCUGAUAGAAUAAUCGCCUCUGCAAGAAUGCCGGUAACGGAUUUCAUGGGGGGAUAUUUACCGGACAAUUACUUGAAUAUAUUGAGUUACAGGUUAAGGGAUACCAGAGGUGAGAGAAACGGCAUUAUCAAUCUUUCGUUGAAAGUGAAAGCAGCUGCGGCGGAUUAUUAUUUGUCUACUAAAAAGAAGCGCUUGCCCGGAAAUACUUGUUCCUCGGGGUACCCAAUCCAGAAUAACGGUGGUGAGAAGAAUUUGGACGUUGUAACUGGCAUUCCUGUUUGGGGCGCGAGUCAUCUCGGUACAUGAAAGGGGAACAACUAAGAAUUGCUGGAGUGGAGACAACUAAAAAGCACCUCUUAGCAAUUAAUGCUUUUUGCUGCUAUAUUUGAUCGGGAGUAAUACCUAAUGCAUCAUGUUCUUGCUUUGUUAAGCAUGAAGGAAACUUCGAAUCUAUUAUUAAGCCUUUAAAGUCUGUUGGGUCACUUUGUUGUUUCCUGGUGGUUGCAUGUCCGUGCGCUGUUGAAACUUGAAAGUAAUAAGAGGGGCUUUAGGUUUUGCCAGUGUCUGUAUUUUCGGCUUCCAAAUAGGAUGCUUCUUGUUUUGUCUGAUUAAACCUAAUCGUAUCCAUGAUUUUGACA